AUGCCCGACCUGCUGUUGCCGCCGAGCAGCGCCCCCUUGGCGCAUAGCCCACAACGGGGGGACCUGUCGUCUCGGGCCAAGACACCCAGCCGGCGACUCUCCAAGCCCGCGCCGCAACCCGCCGGCCUUGCUGGCAGACUGUCGCGAACAUGCAGGAGCGCCAGCGACCUCUUCCUCAACUGGAAGGAUGGCAUGACAGUCGAGCAGCGAGAAAAGGCAAAGGCCCGCGACGAAAGAAAAAGCGUCUUGUGCUCCCACAUGAAGACGGCCGACUCCCACAAGCAAUGGCAGGCCGCCGCCCAAGAGCUCGACACGCUCGAGGGCAACGAUGCCUGGAAGGCCGACUCCCUGUCCGGAGACUAUAACCCGCAGCUCAUACAGAACAGGCUGCAGGCCCUCGACGACGCCCGUCGGCGAUGCGACAUCCGCGCCAUGAUGCAUAUCGUCCGGACCGCCCUGUCUCGAGACCUCGGCGGCAUGGGCAACGUCGACCUGUACCGCCAUUCGUACGUCGGCACCAAGAAGCUCAUUGAGCGAUACGUCGAUUCCGCCAUCCAGACCAUCGACGCCAUCGUCGCGCAGAGCGCCAUGGAUCAGGGCGUCCAGUCCAAGGAUCUGCUCGAGGGCAUGCUCUUCUCCCGCCAGAGCUUUGGCCGCAGCGCCCUCCUGCUCUCCGGCGGAGGCACCUUUGGCAUGACACACAUAGGCGUCCUCAAGGCCCUGUUCGAAGCGCAGCUGCUACCGCGAAUCAUAUCGGGGGCCAGUGCCGGGAGCAUCGUCUGCGCUGUCAUGUGCACGCGGACCGACGAGGAGAUUCCCGCCUUGAUCAGGGAGUUUCCGCAGGGCGACCUUGGCGUCUUUGAAGCCGAGGACAGCCAGCUUGGUGUUCUCGACCACAUCCGCCGUCUCCUGACCGAAGGCAGCUGGUCAGACAUCACCAACCUCACCAGGGUCAUGCGCGGCUUGACGGGCGAUCUGACGUUCCAGGAAGCCUACAACCGGACUCGCCGCAUCCUCAACAUUUGCGUGUCGACGGCGUCCAUCUAUGAGCUGCCUCGACUCCUCAACUACGUCACCGCGCCCAACGUCAUGAUAUGGUCUGCUGUUGCGGCGUCAUGCUCCGUCCCACUCGUCUUCACCUCUUCGCCCCUCCUCGUCAAGGACCCCAUCACCGGCGAGCAUCUCCCUUGGAACCCUACGCCGCAGCGCUUCAUCGACGGCUCCGUCGACAACGACCUGCCCAUGACCCGCCUUGCAGAGAUGUUCAACGUCAACCAUUUCAUCGUCUCCCAAGUCAACCCCCACGUGGUUCCUUUCCUCUCCAAAGAAGACUAUCUCUCCCCCGAGGGUAGAGCAAACAAGACCGCAGCGACUGCGGACGACUUUGACUGGCCUUCUACCAUCGCCUCGCUGGCCAAAGAUGAGGCCCUGCAUAGACUUCAGUUCAUGGCCGAAAUUGGCUUGUUCCCCAAUCUCAUGACCAAGUGCCGAAGCAUCCUCAGCCAAAAGUACUCGGGCGACAUUACCAUCUUGCCCGAGAUUACCAUGCACGACCUCCCCCGACUCAUGAGCAACCCGACCUCCGACUUUAUGCUGAGGUCGUCUGUUCUCGGCGAGCGGGCGACGUGGCCGAAGCUCAGCAGGAUCAGGGACCGGUGCGCAAUCGAACUGGCUCUGGAUCGCGCGGUACAUCGUCUGCGUACCAGAGUCGUGUUUUCCGAGAGCCAAAGGGACCUGCGACAACUCAGCUCGGGUAUUUCCAACAUGCGCGUCAAUAUGCCCGUAUCUAUUUCAGGCAAGCCAGGCUCGAUACCUCCGGCAACGGCAGGAUACCCGCCCAGACGGCAACGGCGCAGGUCGGGCGGGAGUGUCCAGACCAUGGCAGACGGACGCCUCGCCUUUGACAGCAACAUUACUGAUGACGACACGGCCGAGGAGGAGCGCCUGGAGAUGGCCAGGCGACGUAGCCGCGACAGCUCACCCAUGACACUUCGCAAACCGAAGCUGAAGCGGGCGGCGAGGAGCCAUGUCCACGUCCCGCAGCACCGGGCGCUCUUUACAGCAGUCUCGCCGCUACGCGACACACAUGGAUUCACUGGGUACAACUUCUCCCGGUCCAUCGGAGGCGGCGAAGUCAACGGAGCCAAGCUUAAGCCAACCGUCGCCGUCCCGUGGGCGCCUCACGUGGAGUCCCCGCGCGGGACAGCCACGUCCCCGACGGAUGACGUGGAGACGAGCGAGCAGGACCACUCCAGCGAUGCCGACGCCGAGCUCGCGACGGAGGAAAGCGACCCGGAUCCCUACGAGGGACAGCUGAGGGCCGAGCCGGCCAAGGACGCAGCGGGAGGGGAGGGGGAUGUCUCGCCUUGA